AUGGCGAAAAAUGGAUCCACGACAAUGCUCAAUGGGAGCAACAGAUGGGCUAAAGGACUGAAAGAAAUCAAAAGCAAGCUUGAUGCUGAGUUCAGGAGAUUCACCAUCAACCCCAACAAGGUAGCAACAUAUGAAGACUUCUAUGCAUUCCUGGAGCGUAUGCACCACCUUGGUGAUAUCCCUUUCCUGGUGGGGUACAGCGACCCUCAAGGUGACCUUCUCCCUAUCAACAAUGAUGACAACUAUCUCAAGGCUCUCACUUCCUCCAAGCCUCCCCUCAAAAUAGUACUACAGAAAAAAGAUGAAGUCAGUGAAGUAGACAUUCAGUAUGGAAGCACAGUACCCAGGAGAAAGAACAAAAUUUCCCAGUACCUGGUUUCUCAAUCGCCCAAGCCUUUGAAGCCCUUCAAAGCCAUCGGCCUUCCUCAAGAUUUCAGGAGAGUCUCUGCCAUCAUAGAUGUGGACAUUGUACCCGAGACUCAUCGUAGAGUCAAGCUUCACAAACACGGCUCGGACAAACCCCUCGGAUUCUACAUCCGGGAUGGAACAAGCAUGCGUGUGACACCUCAUGGACUGGAGAAAGUACCUGGAAUUUUUAUCUCUCGCCUGGUGCCAGGUGGUCUCGCCGAGAGCACAGGUCUCUUGGGAGUCAAUGAUGAAGUGUUAGAGGUGAACGGUAUCGAGGUGUCUGGAAAAACGUUGGACCAGGUCACGGACAUGAUGGUUGCCAACAGUGCUAACUUGAUUAUAACAGUCAAACCUGCCAACCAGCGGAACACGCUGUCAAAGAAGAAGCCGUCAUCUCUUGGGGUGUCAUCAUCGCUCUCACAGUCAAUGGCUAGUCUCGGUAGCUUGGAUGGACUCAGUGAUGAGGAUGAGGUCCAGGACCAUUCCAAGAAGCCCACUGAGACAGAUGGCAAUGGCGAGGAGAAGGGGAAAAAGACGGAAGAGACAGAGAUGAAGAGUCAUCGGGGAGAGGGGGAUAGAGAGAUCAUAAAAGGCAGCAACAUUUUAUCACAACCCUCAGAGAAGAUCAAGCAACCUCCGGAUAAUUCAGAAACAAAUGCUGUCAGUGAUAACGAGGAAUGUACUCUAUGAGAAAACCUCUUUUCUAUAAACUCAUUACUCAAGACAGAGAUUUGUUGAAUGUGUGUUGAUGAUGCCUAGUUGUGUGAUUGUAACGAUGAACUAUGCAGCAGUUGGAUGUUUGGUACAGAUAAAGUAGGAUAUGACAUCCUUCUUGAUGGACAAUCUGGGCUAUUGGAAGAAGUUUAUGCACCGUAUUUAGGAUGCCAGAAUAGUGCGUUCCCUGGAAUCAAAUAAAGGAGAAUGAAAGUUCCAGACAGAGGACAGGUGUCGCUGAAGAGGCACCAGUGAUAACAUUCCACUCGCAGUGAACCUUUGAAAUAUGAUGUGACAGUGGUGGAUUGUCAUCCAAGCUACUGGUAUACAGUAUUAUCAGGCAAGUUAUGAGGAAGACCAAUAUUAAAGACUGGUCAUGGUGUCAACAACUUGGCAUCCUUGAAAGGUGUAUGUAACAAGAACACUGGCAAAGGAAAUUAUUUAUAUCCAUAGCGAGUCACGAGUGAUAAAUUUCGCUCAUUCACCUAAACGGAUGAUGAGAAAUUGCAAAUGUAUAUUUGGUAUUAGAUUGAUAUGAAAAAUUUUAAAUAAAAAAAAAAUAGUUCAUCUCAAUUUCUAUUUACAAUGGUCACUGUUUGUGACAACAUUUGAGACAAGAUUAAUUUUUUAUUGAUACUACAAGAUGUGUAUAUUUUAUAUAUUUCCCCUUUGCUUACUGAAUGUAUGUACUUGCUAUGUUUGUAUAAGCUACAUUAUUUUUCCUACCCUGGUAUUAUGGAAGUAUUAUAAUAGCUGUAUUUGUUACCUUAUUUUUGUUGAAUAUUAAAAUGACCAGUCCAUUCCAAUGUUUUUGUAAAAUGUAUAUUUGAAUCAUUGAAUGUACAUCUUAAAUCUCAAAAUGUGUUGUAUACUGUAGUGUACAGGUGUAUUUCAAUUUAAUUGGUCAUUUGAAUAUUGACCAUUUGUAAAACAAUACCUUCUCUUAUAUCCUGCAAACUAAACAAUUUAUUCGUCAUUUCUGAUUAUUUAGAUUUGUCAAGAACACUUAUUUCCAAAGAUCUAGUUGAAUAGUUCAAUGAGAGAAUUGUGUUGUUGAAAAGAAUUGAUUGGAAAUUCAUCAAAGCAAACCAAAUUGGUUGAAUCAUCAAAACAGUAGAACAAAGAGAGAAGAAGGGGUGUCUAAUUGUUGUCCAAAAGCAAGCAAGAAAAGUAAUUAGAAGCAGUAUAUCAAAUAGAACUGUCCACAAGUUUGUUGAAAAUAAUAUUUUCCCCAAUGGCCAAACCGCUUUUUAAAUUCGAAUUGUAAAAUUGUACCCUGCAUUAUAUAAUUUUGGUGAUGAAAUAAUAGCAUUUUAUUGUUGCUGAUAUAGUAUGCUUACAAGAUGCAGGGAAAAGGGGGGAAAACAAGAUUGUAUUUUAGACUAUUAAUUUGGUUUCUAAGAACUGUCAGUACAUAUUCCUGAAAGUACUAUAUUUCCUUGUUAAAAAUGUGUGAAAUUUCCAUCCAUUCUUUUGAAAUGAAAUAUAUGUAUACAAUCCAAAAGAAUUGGUACUUAUUAGUAUACAGGUACAUAUCGAAUAGAGCAUUCCGAUAAUAAAUAUUGAAUGAAUAAUGAAUUUGCAUUAUAGCAUAUUAUAGUACUCAUAAUCUAGAGUUUUUAUGUUAAAAAUUUGUAAAUUAAGAACUGAUAUUUGGACAUGUACAUGUAUUGGUAUAGGUUUAUAACUUUAUAUAACUUUAUAGUAUUGAACUACUGAAUGUAUUCAAGAAGUUGGUCACAAUAUUUAAGAAGUUAAUGGUUUCAUUAAACAAAUCAUUAUUUUCUGCUUAUCACUUUCCACGAACAAUAUUUUUCAAUACAAAUAUAGAUGAAAUGAGAAUUUGCUUUAUAAUGUAACAUAUCUUUGGAAAGCUUUACUCCAAAACCACUUCUGCCAGAAAUUAUGUUCCCAUGGAAACCUUUGAAGACUUUGUACCUUAUUGCUAAUAAGGACGACCAGUAGUUUCCUUUUGCAUUGCUUCAGGUGUAGUUGUACAUCGGACUGAAACCUGGAAAUCUGCCUAUGGCUGCGUUUAUGCGACCUCAAGCCAGAAUCAUGAUUUGAAUCAUGAUUCAAAACACAAACAUGAAUCACGAUAUCACAGAAUCAGCGUUUAGACGACCUUCAUUCCAAUGCUGUUUCUCCUCAGAUUCGGGCCAAUCCAGUGCGCAUCACUAGUGCGCAGUUUGACAGAGGAAGUUUUUCGCACGUGCUUCGGCUCUCGAAAAAUCUUUUGCUUCCAGAAUUCAGUCUAUACCUAAUUUUAUUUACUUCUAUCAUAUAGGGUCCAUGUGCUUCUAUUCAUCUUGUUAAUUUAUAAAAAAUGGUGUUCGGAAGUGAAUUUCAGCGUAGAUCCAAUUUAAUAUUGACACUCUAUACUCAACAACAACUGAGAUCAUUGUCUGUCCAGUUAAUUCAUUUACUAGAACUUGAAGUUGAAGACAUGACCAAAAAAUGAAAAGUAGUGGACGAUGCGAUGACCAACACAGAACUUGGACAUGACAAGAAAUGCAUGCAGAGUAAUCAUGUACAUACAAUGAGCUGAGCUUGGCAAGAGUCAAACCGAAAGUAGCCCGACACAGUGAGGUCAUAUAAUCAUGAUUCAAAUCACGAUAUCGUUUAUUCGAACAUUUUCGUACGUGAUUCUGCAGAAACGUCUUUCCAAACGCCCCUUUUUUCGUGUUUCAUGUUUGUGAUUCUAAUCAUGAUUAUAUUCAAUUUCGACUAAAGCCCCAGUCACAUAUAGACCCCGGACCACCCCGGACCAUCCCGGAUCUGAUCCGGGGUGGUCCGGGGAGAGAUCCGUGUUGUCGCCUUGGGCAUCCUUGGAGGUCCGGGGUGGUCCGUGUUGGUCCUUGAACGUCCGGGAGGCCAACACGGCAGUUUUUGACUGUCAAAAACAUCCGGCGUCAUCCGUGGACUGCCGGGGUGGCAAAGCCAUCCGGGAUGGUCCGUGUAGCUGCCGUGUAGGUCCGUGUGGCUGCCGUGUAGGUCCGUGUAGCUGCCGUGUAAGUCCGUGUGGCUGCCUGGAGUAUCCUUGGCAGUCCGUGUUCUUUUUUCCCAUCAAAUCUUUACAACGCUAUUUACUUUAUGAACUUUUCAGUAGUUGUUAAACAGUUGACACAAACAUGCUCAAUUUAUGAUUAAAUGGAUGAUUAAAUGAUUCAGGAUAUUUUCUUACGCUUUGGAUAUUGGCCCCAACCCAAUAUUUGUAAACUUUAAUAGUGCAUGUAUGAAUAUUUUUUUUCUAAUAUUUACCCCAACUUUGUCUGUUAUUAUUAUUUCACAUUUCAUUUUUUUAAAAUAUGUUAUAUGUAUAUAAUUUAUGUAAUGUACCUGUUACAUCGAAAUUAUACAUUAAGUGUUAUACUACUGCCCUGCAUCGACAGUUAUGCGUCAUGACCGGGGCCUAUCUUAAUUUUAUUAUGUUUUCUAUUGACUUUGUAAAUUUCUUUCCUUUAUUGUGAUUUCAAUAAAGUGAUAUCAAAUCAAAUCGAAAUUCAA